AUGGCCGGCGUGGCUGUCGCAAGCGCAUUGGGAAACACGCCCCAGAUGGGCUUCAACACGUGGAACUCAUUCAAGGGAAACUACAACCAGAGCAUCAUCCACAAUGUGGCAGACCUAAUGGUCUCACUGGGGCUCAGAGAUGCAGGGUACAACUACCUGGUCCUCGACGAAGGAUGGUCCGACAUGGAGCGCACAGAUGAAGGUUACCUACAAGAGAACCGAACAACCUUCCCUGACGGGAUAAAGCCACUAGCCAACGAGGUCCACGGGAUGGGAUUGAAACUCGGUCUCUACGGAGACAGCGGGAUCCUCACCUGCGGGUUUCGGCCGGGGAGCUGGGGGUAUGAAGAGAGGGACGCCAUGACUCUUGCGGAAUGGGGAGUGGAUUACUGGAAAUACGACAACUGCGGAGGGUUCCAGGCCAUGACGCACUCGCCCCAGGAGAGGUUUCUGACUAUGCAGAAUGCGCUUCUGCGGACGGGGAGGGAUAUAUUCUUCUCUGUGUGCGAAUGGGGGUUCCAGUUCCCGUGGCAUUGGGGUGGCCAUAUUGGACACUCGUACCGAAUGUCGGGCGACAUAACAGCCUCCUUUACGAAUGAAACGGACUGUCCGUGCAAAACCGCGUACUGCCUUAAUACGGGCUACGCUGGAUGUUCGGUCACCAGUAUCCUGCGAAAAAUGCGAGAAAUCAGCGUCUACCAAGAACGCUCGCACUGGCUGGACAUGGACAUGCUGGAGAUCGGAGUCGCCAACAUGACCAUCCCCAUGCAACAGACACACUUUGCGUUCUGGGCAGCAUUGAAGUCACCGCUUAUUAUUGGGGCGGAUCUGCGAAGUAUCGACAAGAGCAGUAUUGAGAUACUGAAGAACAAGGAGAUCAUCGCUUUGAACCAGGAUCCACUGGGCCGUCCAGUUCAUUUCAUCGAAGGGGCCGGGGUGGAAGGCUCAAUUCAGGUCUGGGCAGGGGAACUGGCGGUGGGACACGUUGUUCUGGUCUUCAACGAGAAGAGCUAUCCACAGGACGUUUCGCUUCCGCUGGAGGCGCUGGACUUGGAAAUGCAUUACCCUGUACGUGCGAGGGAGCUGUGGUCUGGCAAGUGGUGGGGGAGAAUUUCGUCUGUCGAGGCAACUCUUGAGGCCUAUCAGACUCUGGUGUUCAGGCUUUCAUAG